UGCAUCCCCGGCGCGAUGCUGUUCGACAGAGUGAAGGUAUUCACGGUGCGGCUGGACAACGCGAGGGCGGGCGCCGAUCCCGUGUUCAGCGGCGGCCAGGCCGUAGCCGGCCGGGUCCUGCUGGAACUGGCGGGCCCAGUGCGCGUGGGCUCCCUGAGGCUGCGCGCACGGGGCCGCGCCCACGUGCACUGGAGCGAGUCACGCAGCUCGGGCUCUAGCACCGCGUAUACGCAGAGUUACAGCGAGCGUGUGGAGGUCCUGAGCCACCGUACCACACUUAUCGGGCCAGACACUGGAGAGAUCACCGCACUGCCUGCUGGGUGCCACGAAUUCCCAUUCAGCUUCCAGCUGCCUCCGACACUGGUGACGUCAUUCGAGGGCAAACACGGCAGUGUCCGAUACUGCAUCAAGGCCACCCUGCACCGGCCCUGGGUUCCUGCCCGCCGGGCAAGGAAGGUGUUUACUGUUAUCGAGCCUGUGGACAUCAACACGCCUGCCCUGCUGGCCCCUCAAGCAGGAGCUCGGGAGAAGGUUGCCCGAUCCUGGUACAGUUACCAUGGCCUCGUCUCCCUUUCGGCCAAGAUCGAUCGCAAGGGCUACACACCAGGUGAGGUAAUCCCUGUGUUCGCUGAGAUUGACAACAGCUCCACACGGCCAGUGCUGCCUCGGGCAGUUGUGGUCCAGACGCAGACGUUCAUGGCACGAGGUGCCCGCAAGCAGAAGCGCACAGUGGUGGCCAGUCUCUCGGGCGAACCUGUGGGCCCGGGGCGGCGGGUGCUGUGGCAGGGCCGGGCACUUCGGAUCCCCCCUGUGGGCCCUUCCAUCCUGCACUGCCGAGUGCUGCACGUGGACUACACCCUCAAGGUCUGUGUGGACAUUCCGGGCACAUCCAAGUUGCUCCUGGAGCUGCCGCUGGUCAUUGGCACUGUCCCCCUGCACCCUUUUGGCAGCCGCUCAUCCAGCGUGGGCAGCCAUACCAGCUUCCUGCUAGACUGGGGUCUGGGGACCCUGCCAGAGCGAGCUGAGGCCCCUCCAGAGUAUUCAGAGGUGGUGGCAGAUGACGUGGCAGCCGUGGAGCAGAGCCCCUUCCCACUACCGCAGGAGGACUCCAGCGUGAGCCUUGGAGGCCCCUUCUUCGCCUAUAUCCAAGAGUUCCGCUACCGCCCUCCACCCCUGUACUCUGAGGAGGAUCCAAACCCACCCUCCGAAGCCAUGAGGCCACGCUGCAUGACCUGCUGAGCGGAAGUGGAAACCUCCAGGGAUGAGGUUGCACACGUGCUUCCAGCCACCAUGGCCAGGGGGAGUGGCUGGAUCAAGGGCAGACCAGCCUGACCGCAUUGAAUUGGAGAAAUCAAAUCUUGGAAUGGGGCAGGGCAGUUCACACAGGACAGCGGAAGAGCCAGUCUGGCACCUGACUUAUCUGGUCCUUGUAAGGCAUCAAAUGCCUGGUGCAGGAUCUGAGCGGCUGUUGAAGCUGCCUGUGCUGGCCAGCGGCAGGGCUGGGGUUCCCCCAGGAGCUUCCGAGCUGGGAGAGACACAGCCAGACAUAAAUACUUCCUGUUUUGUGGGACCAGAGGAAGGCCUGGAAGAGUCCAGGGAGAAAGCAGAGAAAACUUCCUGGAGGAAAGGGCACUUUACCCGAAGCUUUGGCAUAUGAAUAAGAGCUCAGAAGACAGGCAAACAAGAAGGAGAAGUGGGACAAGGUCAGAGCUGAGUGAUGUUUGGAGACUGUCCCCUUCAUCUUGGAACUGGGGUUCAGAGGGCAAGAGCCUCAGUUUAGGUCACACUGCAGGACCCAGCAGGCGAGAGGGCCCAGGGACCGACCAGGCAUUCAGGGAGGCAGGUUAUGGGAGCUCUGUGGGACCUGCGGGUGGCAGGGGCAGCAGCUCCAGCAUCCGAAACCUCUGAAAGCUGGAGAUUUCUACCCCAGGCAGGACUGUCUUUGGCUUUUCCAGGCAGUAUAGACACAGUAUGGCCCAGAAAUCCUGGUUCAGAGCGGGACAGACAAGACCUGCAACACAACUUGCAAGUGAAAAUGUGGGGUGCUGGUUCAAGGAGUAUUAAGAAUUUCAAGGUAAUGACAGUAGAACAUUCAACCAGACCUUGGGACAGAGGUCAGCCUCGGGUGACACAGCAGGGCCAGUGAGCUUCUGGAGACCCUUGUGUCCCAGAGUGACAAAUCAGAAGGCUAGACAAGCCCCCAACUGCAGAGUCCUGGCCCUGGCUGGGGCAGAUUCCCAGCCUGGGUCUCAGCAUUUCUAAGCCUUAAAUCUUUCUCUUUUGUACAAUUAUUUUUA